UGAAUAUACAAUCGAGUUCUAUUGACAUUUAUUUCGAGGAGUAAUUUAUCAUAAAAUUAUAAAAGUAGUUGAUCACCGAAUGUUUUUAUUUGGCUCGUAAACAACAGUGUGCUUGCUCGUUUCGGUUCAUAUAUGGUUUGUAAAUUCAGUAAUUUGGAAACUUCAUCUCAUCCGACAAAAACACAGUGCAUAACGGAAUAAGGUAACGACGGGGAAAAGAGUGCAACAGAGCGAGCGUGACGUGACCAGUGAUUCGUAUAGUUAAAAAGCAACGCGUGGGAUGUGCGAUUUAAGAAAGGGACGAGAUCAAUCCUGUCCGAUCGUUGACCUUCAAUUGAGUUACUCAUGGGCUAAUUGAAAAUUAACGAGAUACGAAUGCGCGAAUAAAACAAAAAGGUAGAGAAAGCUUUGUCGGUGAUCGCGGAAGGAGGCUUUGUGGCUUGGCUUGUCCACACCCGUAUUUUGUGUUGUUGUAACCUAUCGUUGACGCGGAGGACGAUUCGAAAAAUUUGACGGAAGGGGGCCAGCUGGUACGUCCCCAAAUAUAACGAUGGGCAGCAUGUGCAAUGAUUGCAUGGCCCGGGUGCCAUACGCCACUCUUAUUGCAACUAUUAUGUGCUGUCUUGGCGUUGGUAUAUUUUGCGGCACAAUGUACAGAGGUGCUACUCUGUCUGCCCUUAUGAUGGAUCAGGUAUUUCACAUACGAUUGGGUUGGCUUGAAGCAGUUCAACUCAUAUUCACAACGAUUGGAGCAAGCAUGGCUGCUCUGGGAUUUACUAUUUUGUGCUUUGGUUGUCUAGCGACAGGUGCUACAAGACACAAAGUAUAUCGUGCUUGGCGAUCAAGAGUCGGGGGUCGUAUAUCUUGUGCAGUGUUUAUUACGAUUACGUACAUCCUUCAACUUGCUUGGCUCUUAAUUUUCGCCUUCCUCGUUAUAAUGACGCUGAUAUUUACCAUCUUUUGGGGGCUAUGCAGCAAUCCACGUGUGCAGUCGCUCAAUGACUGCAUCAACUUUACCCAAUUCGGGUUCAUGUUUCCCAAUAAUACAAGAGUUGAGCACAUGCAAGUGUGCGGUGCUCAAAACAUCAAACUCUUCUGCAAAGAUUAUGUGGAGAAAGCUGAAGUGAUGAUGAUUUUGGCGACGGUAGCUUCAAUGCUGGUGGUUCUCAGCUUAAUCCACUAUCUUAUGUGUCUCUCCGCGAAUUAUGCUCACAUUUGCGAUCAUAAAAAGUUCCAAGAGCUUCAAGAACUUCAAUAUCUUCAAGACCCCGGUGACCCGGAUUCUCCUCAACCCGAUGGAGCUUAUCUGGGUUCUCUUCAUCGUAGCAAGGAUAGAUUCUAGGACACGGCCCGUGAGAUCUUUGCUCUGACGCCCUCAUAAAACCUGAAAAAACUUCAUUUUCGACGGGGUUCCUCAUGCGCCAAUCAUCGAUCUUUUGUACUCAUAGCUCUACCAUCGUGAUUCUUUUUUUUCUAUUCAAUCACAUUCUCUGUAGUUCGCAGGGAUCUCAAACGAGUUGGCGUGAUUCGAAACCUUGAAAAACCUAGGUUGAGUUCAGAUAAAUAUGCUUUUUAAUCGGGAAUUCGGUAAAAAAUUCAACAGUAUCGGAGUUCUGAUAGAGUUUUGAUAUGGCUUAUAUUUGAACUAUUGAAAAACAACCUAAAGUUUCGUUACACUUGACCACCUCUAAAUUUUUCCUCGAAUUUCCUGUUGAAAUACCUAUUAUAUCGAAUUGUGCUGAAUUGAGGAACGACUUAUCAGUUUUCGAAAGUGAAUAAGGCGAAAUAAUCGCAAAUCAUUCAAUUCAUCGAUCGAUUCUGCCGCCAAAUGCGUUAGUUUGUCAGAGGAAAAAUCUUGCGGGAAACCAUGAAAUUUAUGCCGUCCAUUUUUGGAGACUGUUACAUAUCUGUAUCGAUCUAUAGCAAACCUUUAUUCUCGGAUUACAGAUUCCGAAGAUUUUACACAUGGUUUUCAGUACAAAAAUUGAUUUAGUCAGAAUUUUAAUAUUGUUGAUUGGACGAACGGAUUUUGGAAAACACACAGCAAUCUUGGAAAUAUGCCAGACAUCGAUGUCUUACUAUCCUCACUGACACUUAAAAAAAAAGCAGUCGGUCCAUUUGACUUAUAUUGAUGUAUAUUUUACCGCGCUAAAUCAGAAUUCACAGUCUAUUUGGCUCAAAUACGUUGAGUAAAUUGCAAAAAAAUUGCUAAAAAUGGGUGAAAAUUGUGAAAAUUUGUAGUUAUGAAUAUGGGUAAUUCUAUAUUGAUCUAGAUCAAGUAUAUUUUUUCAUGUAUCUUGACCGCCGUUAAUCAACUUUUUUUGUGUGCCGGUGUGAUGUUAAAAAUCAACUAUUACGCAAAAUUCACGUACAUAAAAUUUCGAAGAUAUGUUGAAACUUUUCCAAAUGGACAUUGGAUAAUCGAUAACUCCAAUUCUUAUUAACUGAAAGUUUAAACUCAGACGAGGAGUGUGAAACAUCUCAGAGCUUCUCGUACACAAUCCGAAACAACUUCCAGCUUGCGGGCCAAUCUCGUCUUCGUUCCGUAGUGCUAAGGCUAAUCUCACAAGGCUUUUCGUAUUCAAACAUGAUGCGGGAAACUGUCAAUUUAUGUCUCAAUCCAAUCAUUUUUCUGAUCAUCGAUUCACGCAUUUAUUAAUAAGUUUCUCCCCGGAGCAAUGAUCUUAGCCGCUUUUUCUAUUUCUUCAAUCGUCAUGUUCGUGCGAAACGUAUAAGAUUACUAUUUUUUGUGCACAAGAGAUUUAUUUAUCAUGUAUCAGUGAGUGGAAAUUUUUCAUUGUAAAUUAUCUUGAACUGACUCGAAUUGCCAACGUCUCUGAAUUCCAAGAUUUUCAAACGCACAAUUUUACAAAUUAACUACUGAUUAAUAUAUAGUUUGGUUCGAUUGUUUGUGAUGAUUGAUUUAAUUCGAUACAAAGUGCACGUAUGGAUGUUUUUUUUUCCGAGUUCAAACUCAACGGUUUGUUGAAUCGAUUAGGCUUAAAACAGCUCUAUAGUGGCUACAAAUGAUGUUGAAGCUUGCGUCAUUGGAACACGAUCUAAUUUUCAGUACCUUUAAUAUUUUUGAUGGAAUCACGCUACAAAAGAGAAUCAAAACUUUUGAGAUGUUCGUAAAGAAUCCUCAUAGAGACUGAGUAAAAAAAAAUGUAAUUUAUAAAUUUGAAGAAAUUUAUACUAAUGUUAAGUAUUAAAAAAUGUUUUCGCUACAUUCCUGUGAUGCAUAUUUCAACACCGUGGCUAAAAUAGAUCGAGUACAAAUUAAUAUCUGCUCUUGGUCCAAUAUGAUCUGCAAUACGAAUACUAUAAAUACAUAAACACACACACACACAUUUAUAUAGAUACUUGCUGGACCUACGGGCUUUGUAUGUAGCCUAGUCUAGCUGGAAUAUUUGAGAGAUUGUGGAAAAUCUUACAUGAGACACAGUGUAGGACCGCACUAUACCAUUGUGUGAGAUUCUUACCUAAACUCAAUUCGUUCUAUUUUUAUUAUGCUGCAUUUCGGUAAAAAUCAUGAUAUAGAUAUUUCAUAAAACCGCAAAAACAAUUGGAAUCAUUCCAUCUUAAAUGAUGUGAAAGUUUUCGAUUGAAAAACGAACAUUUAUAUAUUAGCGAACAGAUUUUUACAUAUAGAAAUAUUUUGAAACGCCAUUGUUCAGUGCAAUCAUUCAGAAUUAACAAGAGGCCUGUACUCCAUAUUUCAUAUCCUCAUAAAUAUUUUUGUCUCAAAUUCUUGAAACUAUAUCGCAACGUAAGCCGAGAGAUUAACAAUAAUUAAACCGAGCACAAUAAUUUACAAAGGUAUAUUGUGAAAUUGCAUAGAAUCGAUAGGUCGCGCACAUAUGGAAAAAUAUAUAAUUUAUUCUGCGUAUUUUAAUAAUACGUCACUGACGAGAGGCACGAAUGAGUUUACUGAAAAUCGUCCCUACUGUUCGCUUCAAAGAGCGACCAAAGUUUCAUUAUUUGAAAUUUCAAGAGUUCGAUUUCAUGGCGUGCCAAAAAGUUUUUAAAUACUGAUGUGGUAAUGAGCAGUCUUCUAAAUGUUUAAAAUAAUUUUUGAAAAAUUCCCAUUACAAUAUUCAGUCUCUCUCUCUCACUCUCUCUUAUUCGUUAAUAAUUUUGCGUUCGCUCAAAUAUUGUGAGAAAAUACAUAGAAUUAUAUUAUUUUACAUACAUUCGAAUAUCCAUGUAUGUAAAUAUAAAAUUUAUAUAAAAUAGUAUAGGUAAAUGAUUGUGUACAAUCAAUGGUCAACCUCGUAUUAAAUGUAACUUCGCUAACGGCCGUUAAAACAUUCCAAACAAAGUAUAGGGAAAAUAUCCUGUGUGUUCGUCGUACUGUUAUGUAAUAUUAUAAUUUUCAUUCAGGAUUGCAGACAUUUACAAAUUAUCUUUGAAUCAUGAUUUUUAUUGGUUCUAACUCGUUCAAUGACAUUUUUUGCAUUGGAAAUUGAAUGAGAACAGUGUCGUAAACACGCAGUAAACGCGUCCUAUGCUUAUGAAAACAUUCGUAAUUAAACAGGUCUGUACAACGAGCUAUUGUAUAUGAUCACAUGUUUUUACCGUACAAGUUCAUCCGGGGUUUAUCUGGCACGUCGACGAUGACUAUAAACGCUGAAAUUUGAUUUUUUAAAACUAUUAUUGUAAGCCCAAUAAGAUUAAUGGAUGUAAAAACGUUUGUAGCAUUCGUUGAAAUAUAAUCUUUUCGAAAAA